AUGAAAUAUAAGGUCGAAGGGGAUAUUGGAAACGUCGACCACUGCCUCCAGCCAAUCUCUCUGUACAUGUCUCUGGCUUACCGGCGCAACAUAAACAGUAAUCGCAUCACCAUCAAAUGCUGGAAACUCAGCAACUUUGCACAAUUGCGAGUUCCAGAACUGUCUUCCAGAGUCAUUAGCUACGAAUUGAAGUAUUUGCAUGUCGCAGCCCGCACCUCUCCAACAAGGACCACGGGCUUAAAGGCCUCCACUCCAGCGGCUCAUCCGCUGAUGCUCUACGAAGAUCUUCUUCACUUGGGAGGCCAG